AUGGGAAGACGACCAUUCACAGAUGUCGAAUGGCGACAUAGUUUGCAGUGUUGGAGAAUGUGGGAUGCUCAACGAAAACGUUUAUGUGAGAAUAAUACUUAUCGAGUAUUGAAGCGAGCAAGAAAUCGCGAAGCACGUCGUAGGCAACGGGAAAAUCCUAAAUUUCGAGAACAGGGAGCACGCUUAUUAUAUUUCGCUGAAUAUUCAUUGAUAGAUUUUUAUGGGAUUAUAUUUUGUGAUGUCGAAGCAGCAGUAAACAGAAUGUUAUCAUACAAGUUAAAGAAGCACCGAUCUUGUGAUUUAUAA